AUGACGAUGAUGGGAACUUCCUCUCGCAACCCAGUUAUUGCCAUUGCUGGAGCAACUGGUCAUUUGGGGACUUGGCUUGUGGAGUCCUUUCUUUCAAAGGACCUUUUCCCACAGCCUCCGGGUUUAGUGCUGCUCUCAAGGCGGCAUACGCCUCGGACCAAAGCAUGGGAAACACUAGGGGCCCAAGUCAGAAUCUUGGAUGAAGGAGGGGAUAUUGGUGAGCUAACGGAUGCGUUAGAGGGCGCCGAUGUUUUGAUUAACGCGAUCUCAUCCUCUGGAAUGCAAUUGAGUGAUGACUUAGUGCACGCCCUCCCCAAAACUACGGUGAAGUUAUACUUUCCUUCGGAAUUUGGGGUUGAUCAUACAAUCCAUAACUUCAGCAUUCCCGAAUGGGAUGGCAAGAAGAAGCACUUCGAACUGACGCAGAGGGUACUUGCUGGAAGUGAAGUCCUGCUUUGCAGACUCUUCGUUGGACUCUUCUUGCACGCUGGAAUUGGUCCCUGGUUUGGCUUACAUACCUCGAAGAAUGUAUACCAGGGAAUCGGAAGCCUGGACCGGCCCAUUAGCUACACGGAUCUAGGAGACGUUGCCAAAGUAAUCAGUCUGCUCGCGAAGGAAGUGUUAGAUGGACACAAGGUGCCACAGAACCUGCGAAUUGGCGGCACUCAUUCCAGCUUCCGCAGAACAGCAGAAGCAAUGGAGGAAGCCGGUGCAGGAACGAUAGAAUUGAGAUCAGUGGAGCUUGAAGGAUUCCGAAACAAGGCUUUAGGCCGACCAUAUAACGAACGGGAUGCAAUUGUAUUCUUGAGGUUUUUAAUGGGGGACGGAGGGAUCAACUACAGGCACAAAGAUGAAGGCGGCCUGGGGAACGAUAACGAGACGAUCAAUCCGAAUCAGAAGUAUUUUAAGUGGAAGACAAUGGAGCAAUUUGCUCGAGAGACAGGGGGCCAGCCGAAUGCAAAGGUGUAG